AUAUAAACCCACCUUGCUUCCAAUCCGCAUCGCAUCGCAGAUAUCUCGCCAGCGGUGAUGGACCCCCGCCGGCUCUUCGCCGACCCAUUCAACCACUACGGCAACUUCUACGGCACCCCGCCGUACACCCACGUGUUCGACGAUCUUUUCUCCGUCCCCAGAGCCGGUGAUGGCUUCUUCCUGGUUUCGUUGUGGGACGCCGAGCCGGAAGUGAUUCCGAUCCCCGUGGCUCGCAGCCGCAGGGAUCGCAAUCCCACCCGAUCGAUUCCGAUCCGUGUUGAUGGCCCCGACGCGAAGCCUAAGCGGAAGGUGGAGGCGCAGCAGCGCGCGGAGCCGGUGGCCUCGAGGGCGCCGCCGGCCGUGGCCGAUCGCAAUCCCACUAGAUCGAUUCCGAUCCGUAUUGAUGGCCCCGACGCGAAGCCGAAGCAGAAGGCGGAGGCGCAGCAGCGCGCGGAGCCGGUGGCCUCUAGGGCGCCGCCGGCCGUGGCCGUGGCCGGGAGGCGGGCGCCGUCGCGGAGGCUGUUGGCGGAGGAGACGGAGGACGCGGCGACUGAGCCAACCGUCGUCGAGAUCGCUGAGGAAGCGGAGCACAACGACGAGAUCGAGGUGAAGGCUGCAGCCGAGACGGAGGUGGACCGAGGCAGCGCGGACGGCGAGACGGACGCGGCGGAGGAGUCCGAACCGGCGUCGGGCAAGCCUGAUGGCUCCGAUGCUGAGUGGGAGAUCGUGACGGAGCAACCCGCUGCAGCGCCCGCGGCGGCUGCGUGCCUCGAGGCGCCGCGCAAGGAACCCGCGGCGCAGGAGGUCACGAGGGCUGCAGAUGCCGGCGCCGGCGUCGUGGACACGGGGAAGGUGAUGGAGAUAGUGGCGGCGCUGUGCGAGCGGAACGCGCAGCAGUACGCGCUGAUCGGCGCGCUGGCGGAGCGCGUGGACGCGCUGGAGUGCACCGUGCGGCGGAUGGAGGACGCCGAACGGCAGGCCAUGAAGCAGAGCGAAGAGGGCAGGGAAGCAGCAGCAGCUAGUUCUGCAGUGAUUAGGGAUUAAGCUCUGCCAUUAACAGAGGUUAAAUUUAGCAAAUUUGGACCGUUUCCAUUUAGUUAGUUUCUAAUGCAUCUCUUUAUAAUUCAUUCAUCUAGAGAUGGUUUCAUAUAGUUAGUUUCUAGUGGAAUUCUUUUUAAUAAUUCAUUUAUCUUGAUAUUGUUUCAUAUAUAUAGUUUCUAGUGAAAUUCUUUAUAA